AUGGAGGUUACACAACGAACUUUUGCAUGGUUGAGCACUGUCUCUUUAGUUUCCGCUCAACUGCCCUCUUGCGCUGUAAGUUAUCCUCCUGUCCGCCAUACGCCAUCCGUUACUGACAUUGUUGACAGCAAAGCUGUCUAUUUAGUUUGCCGACACAGUGCGACCAGACCGAUAUUAGCUGAAUCUGCGCUGACAGUUCAUUCUCUCAAAACGUUGGUUGCUGUUCGUUGUCCAAAUGCAAUACAGCCGAUUUUAAUUGCAUCGGUCAUCUCGUUUGCGGUGAAUUUGUGCUCGGGGGUGGGGAUCUCCAUCGCCAGUACACUUCCAUCUUGUCCCUCAUCUAGUAGUGGGGCUCCCUCUGCUUCGAGCGUCAUUCCCACCACAGGUGCCAGAACAGCGAGCGCAAGUCCAUCUACCACUUCUUUGGUUGCAAAUUCAACUGAUGCCACUACCUCACUGUCCGCUGGGGCAGAGAAUCAGCAACCCCAAUCUAGACUUCAGGCUGGUGGAGCCAUUUUUGCCAUUCUAGUGUUGAAUCUCCUUUGA